CAUCCAUUUCUCAGCAUCCAUUGUCAGCAUCCAUUGUCAUCAUCCAUUUCUCACGAUCCACUGUCAUCAUCCAUGUAUCAGCAUCCAUUGUCAUCAUCCAUUUCUCACGAUCCACUGCCAACAUCCAUGUAUCAGCAUCCAUUGUCAGCAUCCAUUUCUCACGAUCCACUGUCAUCAUCCAUGUAUCAGCAUCCACGUUGUUCUCCAUCCCUUUAUGUUUGCCCGUGCUAUCAGCCAGCCUGGAGAAAUCUGACACCCCCAGCCCACAUUCAUCUCCUCACGCCUCAGUUCCUGCAGAUGGGACCGAUGGUAGAACAGAUGGGACCGAUGGUAGAACAGAUGGGACCGAUGGUAGAACAGAUGGGACCGAUGGUAGAACAGAUGGGACCGAUGGUAGAACAGAUGGGACCGAUGGUACAACAGAUGGGACCGAUGGUAGAACAGAUGGGACCGAUGGUAGAACAGAUGGGACCGAUGGUAGAACAGAUGGGACCGAUGGUACAACAGAUGGGACCGAUGGUAGAACAGAUGGGACCGAUGGUACAACAGAUGGGACCGAUGGUAGAACAGAUGGGACCGAUGGUACAACAGAUGGGACCGAUGGUAGAACAGAUGGGACCGAUGGUACAACAGAUGGGACCGAUGGUACAACAGAUGGGACCGAUGGUACAACAGAUGGGACCGAUGGUACAACAGAUGGGACCGAUGGUACAACAGAUGGGACCGAUGGUACAAUAGAUGGGACCGAUGGUACAACAGAUUGGACCGAUGGUACAACAGAUGGGACCGAUGGUACAACAGAUGGGACCGAUGGUACAACAGAUGGGACCGAUGGUACAACAGAUGGGACCGAUGGUACAACAGAUGGGACCGAUGGUACAACAGAUGGGACCGAUGGUACAACAGAUGGGACCGAUGGUACAACAGAUGGGACCGAUGGUACAACAGAUGGGACCGAUGGUACAACAGAUGGGACCGAUGGUACAACAGAUGGGACCGAUGGUAGAACAGAUGGGACCGAUGGUAGAACAGAUGGGACCGAUGGUAGAACAGAUGGGACCGAUGGUAGAACAGAUGGGACCGAUGGUAGAACAGAUGGGACCGAUGGUAGAACAGAUGGGACCGAUGGUAGAACAGAUGGGACCGAUGGUAGAACAGAUGGGACCGAUGGUAGAACAGAUGGGACCGAUGGUAGAACAGAUGGGACCGAUGGUAGAACAGAUGGGACCGAUGGUACAACAGAUGGGACCGAUGGUACAACAGAUGGGACCGAUGUUUUAGAAUAA